AUGGAUUCCGAAGAAGAAUAUGAAAACGAUGAAGGCAAAGAGGAAGACCAAAACGGAGAAGACGAGAAUGAAGUUGUUAAUUCAGAUGAAGCUGCUGAUGAGAAUGAUAAAGACAUGGAUGAAAAUUUAUUGAAGGAAGGUGACAAAUUUGAUUCUUUUGAAAAGUUAAAGAAGAAAGUGAAAGAUUUCGAAGAAAAAGAGUACGCGUUUUUUUAUCAUCGAGAUGCUAUGACAAUUGAACGAUGUCGCACAAAAGGAAUCAAGAGGCAUGUUGAAGCGUCCCUGAUAUAUUACAGCAUCCGAUACUAUUGUAUUCAUGGAAGGAAAAAUUUUGUAUCUACGUCGAAAGGAGCAAGAAAAGCGUUCUCGUUUCAGAAAAACUGUCCAGCAACUUUCAGCGUAGGAGUGGAUGAUACUGGCCACUAUCUUAUCAUCAAAUCAAUUAACAUGAAUCACAAUCACGAUAGAAGUAAAAAAAGACCAUUCGGCAGUCGAAAUGGAAUUCCCAAUUUGCUGCAGUCACAUAGUGACUGCAAGGAUAAAAGAUUCGCAAUAGACAGUGUUGAAAAAAGCCAGCUGCAGAAAUGUCUGGACACCUUACAACAUUCAAUCAAGGUCACUUCCCUCCAGUCAAUGGUAGAAAGACUGGAGAGUCUUUCAAGGCAACUAAAUCUAAAAUUUAUGCUCGGGCCAUCGGGAACGGAACUAUUUAUCUCCUCGGACAUGUUUUACCUGGAAGUUCUGAUCGAGCCAUCAGGAGUAGUAAAAGACGUCAAAAUCCAUCACGAAGGUAAAACAGAGCAGCAAAGUUGCGAGGAAUUAGUAUCCUGUCUCUCCCGAGGCGACUUUGUAGAUUUCACCGCGCAGUUACAAGGUUUGAUGUCAAUUUAUCAAAUCCAGGCUGAGAAGAAGCAAAAAUGCAAAGCGUUUAGCGCUUUGCAGUCCCUGGAAGCUGACUUGGGUGGCUUAGCACAAUUGCAAACUUUCAUAAAAGAGUCUUUUAACAUCGUUCAUAAAAGCCCAGUAGGAAUUCUCGAGCGUCGUAAAGGCGGGCAUCCAAUGAAGCUAACUUACUUCGUGUCCCCCUAUGAUCUAAUAGACCCUGAGACCCGCACAAUUGAACCCCUAAGCCCUGAAACAGUGAUAUCGCGGAAAAUAGGCCAUUACGUAACAGUUUGCCUCCAAAGUUCCUCAAAAGGUUCCCACAAAUUACCAACAACUAGCAUACUUACCGUAAACCGUACAGCUUCGGGAAAAAACACUCCCUCUUACGCCCCCUUAACUAGUUUGAAUUCCUCUUCACUUCCAGCCUGUUUCGUUCUAAGACUCCCCAGUAAAAUGCCAGUGUGCAUGGAACUGAUCAACCGGAUCCAAAAAAUAACAGAGCAGAAAAUAAAUGACCUGGAUGGUAGCGAAUCUCCGCCACCGCAGCCUCAACCCUUGCUAAACUUGAUAGUCCAGCACGCUAGCGAAGGACAAUUAGACUGUCGGAAUAAUAGAGGUCUGUAUGUGACCCUACCCGACCAACAGCACUGCUACUUUAUGACUGAGACAAAAAGCAUGAAGGGAAUUCUGGUGAAUAGCAUACCCUUUACUCACCCAGCUCAUGUUCCGCAAAUACUAUCUAGUUUACGUCAGCAAGCGCUGUUUAAUACCUUGAUAACAAGCUGCGUACGUGCGAUGGCACGAAAUGACCUAGAGCAAACCACAAUAAUAGAAGUAAGCGCUUUAUCCUGGCAACAUAUCUCAAUAAGCUUAGAGCAUCCCUUUGAAGAGACAUUAGCUACUGCUGAGUUGGAUUUGACGGAUAUAUCAGCGCUUAAGUGUAAACUUUAUGGGGUUAGUAUGACCAAUACAGAACAGACGUCUGAAAUAGUUAGCAAAGUAUUGCAGAGGUGCCUUAGUAUUCCAGUGACAAUGCGUGCGUUGAUUAAGAUAUGGGAAGGUCGUAAUACAUUGCCUAAAGGUAUUAGCACGAGUGGUAACAAUAGUAAUGGUAAUGGUGGUAGUAAUCCUGGAAAUGGUAUGACUAAUGGUAAUUACAGUGUUAACUUAUCACGUGAAAAUGGGCAUGAUGGUCCAGUGUGUAUUUCUGAUUUUACUAACGGGGAGACUAAGAUAAAAACAGAGCCGGGAUGUAAUGGUAAUGGUAGUAAUGGUUUAAAUAGACAAACUGGUACCGGAGGAUUAUCUUCAGCCUCUUCUACAUCAUCCCAAUCAUCAUCAACAUCACAGCAGCAGUCUUUUUUAGAUGCCGGAACGGAGAAUAGUAUCGGGUUCCCGUCGUUUUCCGGCCAAUCCGAUACAUCGGUUAUGCUAAAUCCCUUACAACUUAGCGCGUUAUUAAAUCAGCAAACUAAAACAACUAUAACGUCUCCUAGUACGGCUACUACCACACCUACUACAGCAGUUGCUACUGUUUCAGCAACUACUUCCCCAGUUGAGCGGACUAAAAAGUCCCGCAAAAGAAAAACUGCGGACGGCCUCUGGCGCAGUCCGAAGAAUAAAAAUGAUAAUAAUGAAAAUGAAAUACUGUUAGAGAGUUCUAGUUCAGACUCUACGCCGUUAGGAACGCCAACUGGUCGUGAUAAUACUAAUGGCACUCGGACACCUACCCCUACAUCAACUCCCGUAAAUUUAGUUGCUGGGCUUGAUCUAUCGGGUUUAGAUGCUGUUGACAUUGCUGCAGUGUCUGGUGAUACUCGCAGCUCAACGGAUUAUGAUGUUGAAAACGAGACAGAUGUUAUGGAGGUAGUUCAUGACUUACCUGAUGAUUACAAUGAAAUAAUGAAGCGCGAGCGGAAGUCUCGUAAGAAUCGCGAGGAUAAGAAAAGUCCGAUUUUUGUUGAUGAAAACACUAAAAGCAGCUUAGUACCGCCUUCUGUUAGCAUUACGCCAAUAACGAGUGGUAGCACCAGUAGUUUAAGUGGCAGCAGCAGUAAUUUGACUGGCAGCAGUUCUAGUAGUAGCAUUGUCCAACAGACACCCAAUUACAAUUCCGUGCUAACAGGAAUGGGUCUAGAUCGUAGACCUGGUAUUGAAAUCAUUCCUAUAUCAACAACUACCCCGACAAACUUGCCCAGCUCGGUGACAAUAACGCCAAUUACUGGAGCUACGAUAAAACCAGUAAGCUCUGACGAGCGACGUGAUCGCAAGAGCAACAAGACCUCUGAUGAUAAAUCGAGGCUGGAAAAGAAAAGGAAUAAGCGGAAAAGAGCGGAUAGCCCUAUGCAGCCGAUGGGUCCACCUGGGUCGUUGCCUGAAAAAUUACUGAAGCAAUCUCAAGAUCCCCUUUCUAAACCCAUUUCGGUGAGCAUAAAACCUACCGAAAAUCAGCCGACUAGCAGCGGUAAUGGUAAUGGUAGUGGAAGUGGUUCACGUCCAUCUUCUCCCGCUACAACUUUACGUAAGCUGAAUCCUUCCCCAACUCACAGUCCGCUGGCAUUGGUUGGCAAAUCAUCGCCAACGUUACGACAAUCCUUGUCUAUUUCCGCGACUACAUCAACUGCCAGUACGACAACUAGCAAAUCAAUGCCAAGUCCUAAACAUUCGCCUGUUUACAAUAGCCCAAAACAUUCUUCCACUGGGUUAUCAGCAAGUGUUAGCCCUAAACACGGUACCUCUUCCCCAAAACAUGGUAGCACUGCCAGUGCGGGUAAACCCAGUAUUUCCGCUAUUAAAUCAGCUGCUAACAAUUCGCCCACUUGUGGGAAAAGCGAGUCCAGUUCCUCUAAACCCAAAUCGAGCAAAGAAACUCGGGAUAAAGAUAAAGACCGUAAAAAUCCGUCAUCUACUUCCUCCACUUCAACUUCUUCUUCAACUGGACUUGCAUUUAGCAAUUCAGGCCAAAGCCCCAAAACAAAGUCCAGUAAGUUGAAAUCCGUAGACUUGCUACCGAAUGCUGGAGAACCACCUCCUAGCACAUCAGGUGGAAGCACGCCUCCAUCCAGCGGAGGAGGUGGCGCUGGAAGUAGUGGAGCUGGUAGCUCAGAUAUCAGCAAAGCGCAACAAGCCCGAAAUCGCAAAGGUUCUCUUAGCGCUGUGAUUGAUAAGCUAUCUAAGAAUGCCCUGCAUGUUACCGAUGAUCCGGGUAACAAUGGCAGUGGUAGCAGUGGCAAGACACCCGAACCGGGACAAAAAGAACGUCCUGCCACAUCGACUAAAGGUGAAAAGAGCGCUGGAAAGAGCAGCCCAGUAGAUGGCAAAAAUUCUACGGAGUAUAUGGUGAAGCACAGCUCUGAUAUGAAAAUAACGAUCAACAAAACUCGUGCUAAAGAUUCCAAAGCGGGAAAUAUGAAAGUGUCUUCAAGUGUUGGGAUCAGUUCUUCGGUAAGUUCUUCAACGGUGUCUUCAUCAUCUUCAUCAUCAUCCGGCAACGGGUCACCCAAAACCCACACUGGAUUGAAACCCGGAGUGAAUUCAGGCCCCGCUUCCAAAAAACCACAGUCUCAAUCCUCCUCUAAAGCAUCCGGACAGCAAAUGAGUGUUGGGAACAAACUGAGCACAGUAGGUCAGAAAACGUCCCUAAAAUCCGGAUCUAGUUCUAGUGGAAGUGUUUUAACAAAAAGCACCACUAAAGCUUCAACUGGAUCGCCCAAAAUGUCCAGUUCCGGAGCUACGGACCUAAGCAGACGCGAUAAACCCCGAAUUCCUAAAUCCGGUGAUAAAACCAGUGGAACUGGGACGAGUUCUAGCAACCCAAAUAGCAAUUUGUUUGGGGUUAAAUCUGAUGUGAGGAAAGCCAGUCCUUCGCCAUUGCGCGAAGAGAGUGAAAGCGAGCGUGCUUUUAAGAUUCUAGCUGCUCAUACUUCCAUGUCAAGUGUUUCAAACUACCCGCCGCUUGUUGAAGGACUAAUGAAGCAGCUUGAUACUAAAUUCCAAAUUCCUAAAUUAUCCGCCAGAGUUAACGCAACUGCUGAUAAUAAUUCGGAUAAAAAGGGGGAUAAGUCAGGAACGGGGAUUAGUUCGGAUCAAGGGGGUAACAAUAAGGACACUUUAUCAUCCAAGGAUCAAAAGACAUUACCGACGGCCGGUAAUCUUAACCAGAAAUCCGAUAUUUUGGAUUCUAAUUCGAUAUCUCGAAGGGAUAUUGCUCAAACUAAACCGGAUAAUUUAUCAACUGCGUUGCCGAUGUUAAACUUGACCGCUUCAUUGGAUCCCUCAUUAAUUCUACCCUCGUCAUCAGCGGCUGCCAUUACUAGUUCACAUGAGGACGUCCCUACUAAUUUAUCCAUGCAAUCGUCGGAUAACGAGACUCGCGAGUGCAAAGAUUUGUCAAUCUCAAGGUCGUCUUCUCAGUUUAUAAAACUGCCGCUAGGUGGCGCUGCUGAGGAUCCUGGGUCGAUACUGGGAGUCGAUACUACAGAUUCAAAACCUUUUUCCGCGAUAAAUUCUACCGCUGCUAGCUCCGAAAGCUUGAAUUUAUGCACAAAGCCGGCUGACGUCGCUUUGAAUAAGUACAACAAAAUGGAGGAGCGGAAGGUAAUGGAGAAGACUUCUUCUACCCCGCCAUUGGCUUCUAGUGAGGCUCUAGUUCCUAGUAAGGCUCAAGGACAAAUUGAAGUUGGGGAAAUGCUACUGGAUUUUUCGACGCCAAAAGACAUCAAGAUGGCCGCCGUGGGAGGAAUUACCGACCGGGGGAUUAAUCUACAGUCGGUACCGGUGUGUAGGAACACUCCGCCCCCGCCACCUCCACCUCCGCCACCACCUCCACCUGCCUUUCCUCCCAGUCCCUCGGUAAGUGUUCAUAUUGUUAAGAGUCCCGCUCCUUCGCCGAGAGUUAUUCCUUCGCCUCACUCGGUAGCCUCUCCCUGCAUUACCGACGAUGAGCUCAUGGAUGAGGCGCUGGUCGGACUGGGCAAAUGA